AUGGCGCCUUUGAAGCGUCUUUUCUUCCUUGCCUCUCUAGUCUUCGUGGGCAUCAUCCUCUUCCUUGGAAAGAAUGCAGAGGCUAAAGGGCCCAAGAUCACCCACAAGGUUUACUUCGAUAUUGAACAUGGAGACAAGCCAAUGGGCCGGAUUGUAGUCGGACUUUAUGGGAAGACAGUCCCUAAGACUACGGAAAAUUUCCGCGCAUUGGCCACAGGCGAGAAGGGAUUCGGUUAUGAAGGCUCUACCUUCCACCGAGUUAUUAAGGACUUCAUGAUUCAAGGAGGCGAUUUCACCAAGGGUGAUGGUACUGGUGGAAAGUCCAUCUAUGGCGAGAAGUUCGCUGAUGAGAACUUCAAGCUGCGACACACCAAGAAAGGCAUUUUGAGUAUGGCCAAUGCGGGAAAGGACACCAACGGUUCUCAAUUCUUCAUCACAACUGCGGUCACUAGCUGGCUCGAUGGGCGUCACGUCGUCUUCGGCGAGGUUCUCGAGGGCUACGAGGUCGUCGAUAAGAUCCAAAAUAUCGAGAAAGAGCCCGGGGAUCGACCCAAGGAUGCCGUGAAGAUAGCCAAGUCCGGGGAACUAGCAAUGACCGAGGAAGUGAUAUUUGUCAUUCUUUAG